UUAUACAAUAAGAAAUAGAACUCAAUAUAAUUCUUUUAACACCAAACGAUUAGAAGUAUUUUCACUAACUUUUUCCGUCAUUUGAUCUCAGUGAAUCAAAACUUUAGGGCGUAUGGUGUCAGAAGCAUGACGUUACCGCAAGUGUUAUUUUUGCUGCUGGGUGUUUUCGUUUACAGCAUACAAGCAACCAACAAUGAAGGUGUGUUUGAUGUUGCUGCAUUUAAUGUGCAAGUAUUUGGGGUGACAAAGAUGUCUAACGCAGAAGUGAGAAAAUAUCUCAGAGACAUUGUCCUACGGUAUGAUUUAAUCCUCAUUCAAGAAAUACGGGAUGCCAGUGGUGAUGCUAUUAAAGAACUCCUUGCUGAUGUUCAAGCCAUAGAUGCGCGUUAUGACAUGACUAUCAGUCCUAGACUUGGCAGGACGUCCAGCAAAGAGCAAUAUGCCUUUAUAUACCGAACGGAUUGGGUAAACGCACUGAAUAGUUUCUUAUACAGCGAUCCUGGUGAUGUGUAUGAGAGAGAACCAUAUGUAGUAAGGUUCAAGAGUUCGAAAGCUGAAAUUUCUGACUUUGCAAUUGCUGGUAUUCACACUUCACCAGAUGAUGCUGAAAUUGAAGUUAGUAACUUAUCAAAUGUCUACGAUGAAAUAGUGGUUAAGUUUGGUUUAAAAGAUGUGAUAAUCAUGGGAGAUUUUAAUGCUGGCUGUGACUACAUAAAGAAUUGGAAGAAUGUCAAACUUGCUACUGACAACAGAUUUUACUGGCUGAUCGAUAACACAGUUGAUACAACAACAAAACAAACAGAAUGCCCAUAUGAUAGAGUGGUCGUUGCUGGUGAUAAAUUGCUGGCAUCACUGUUACCAUUAAGUCCUGGUGCAUUUCGAUACGAUACGUAUUAUAAACUUUCAGAAGAACUGGCCGAAGAUAUUAGCGAUCAUUACCCAGUCCAGUUUCAGAUACGAUCUUUGGAGAAAAAGUUAAAUAUUUUAUCCGUCAAAGAAAUCUAUGUUGAUGACACAAGAGUAAACACGGAUCUGACAUCAUACAAAGUUUAUUCAAUGAAAGGAGAUGCUGAGGAUAUUAGUUCUUAUAAAGUUUCAUCAAGCUAUACAAAGUCAGGCGCAUAUCUAAAAAUUGUUGUCUCUAAAAAUGUUAAAGGUGUUGGAGCAGUGAUGCAAUGCCUCGAAAAUGAUUUCAAAAAGGAUUUCCCUACCUUUAUUACAACUACGCAGAUCUUGACAGCAGAGGGGAUGUUAAAUGAAAUGGAUAUACGUCACCGGCUACCGCAUGGUUUUGGUCGUUAUCAAACUCUGUAUGAUUUCUAUGCAAGUUAUGAACAUUCGUAUUCAGUUAAAUUGGCCUGCAGCUUGGAAAUAAGAACUGCCCCAAUUUGCUAUGUAAACAUUGUGCAGUACUUUAAAUAAUAAGACUUGUUGUAGUGACCUGAUGGUAAAAAUAACUUCCACUUUAUAUAAAUGUCUCAUGACAUACACAAUUGCACUGUUAAACAAAUUCUACUGCUGCACCUAUUUUCAUAAUAUUCAUGCUCUUAUUCGAUCCUAUAAGCAUAUAUUUAACAUUUAAAGUUAAUUUCGAGUUGCAAAGUAACUUUCUGAGAGAAGGAAAUAAACAGUGUGUAUUGCUUAGAUAAGUGGCAAUUUAUGCAGCUAUACAGGUCAAAACAACACUUUAAAUUUCAUUGCAUAAAAAACGCAAAGUUAGAAGAAUUUGACGUAACUUUGUUUCUGUUGUAAUUUUUAACGGCACCUCGAAUGAACCCAUGUUUCCUUUUAAGGAAGUCGUAAAUAACUGUUUUUGUUUCCAAUAAUAAUUUAAAACAACUUUGUCUCUAUUUAUUUCUUAUCUAAAUGUGGUAUAACGAACUGAAGUUACUGCAUGGCGUUAUUAUAUUGCGGCUGAGUGUUUAUCAUUGUUCCAGUUGUGCAAUAAAAAAUUAACUCUUCAAGAAAAUGUGUUGGAUGAAAGUUUGAUCGCGAUCAUCCAACAUUUACAGCUUCAUCCAACACAUUUUUCUUGUUGGAUGCGCUUGACCACUUUUUCAUCCAACAUUACGCGUCAAUGAUGUCAUCCUAUUGCAAUCAAAUGCACUUCGAAUGUUAAAGCGUUCGAAUUUCGAAUAUUGUGAAAAAUAAAGACUGUAUUUAUUACGCUAUCACAGUACAGAAAUGCAAAAAUCAGACGAUGCCAUGAUGAGCAAAAGUUCAGACAGCGACUUUGUUAAAGGGAAAGAGUUUAAGACACACAAGAACAGUUCGCUACUUCUUUUUGUCCAUUCUCUGGUUUUUCCCCGACAAAGCCUCUCGUCGUCAAAAUCUAAUAGUUCUGAUAGAACAGCAGGGAAGAUCAUCUGCAUGCCCUUCGCCAUCUUGAAUUUUUCUCGAAAGAAAGAAUGAAUGGAAAUGUUUUGUUUUUAUAGAAAGAGAGAAUGAAUAGAUAUAAAUGUUUAAUGAAAUGUUGGAUAAUCGUUUGGCCGGCGCAAAAUUUUAAUCCAACAUCAAUCCAACAUUCAUCCAACUUUCUGUUGUUUUCAAAACUCACACUCGCUUAUCUAACUUCUUCAGAUUUAAAGACCUGUUGUCCAAAGAAUUAAAGUCAGGCGUCAUUUACAAAUAUAAGUGCAGUGGCUGCAACGCCACUUAUAUAGGUGAGACGUCGCGUCAUCUUAAGGUUCGGGCAAGCGAGCAACUCGAAGUGUCUCCCUUAACAGGUAAGAAAUCAACCUCAUCUAAUUGCACGGCAAUUAAAGAUCAUCUUGAAGCGUGUCACACCACAUCAUCUCUUGACGAUUUUAGUAUACUCUCUAGGGGUAACAACCGGUAUUUGCUAGAGAUUAAAGAGAGUUUGUUCAUAAUGCGGAAUAGUCCCCAGUUGAAUAACAACAUUAGAUCUGCUCCAUUGUAUUUAUACAAUUAGUAUUUAAUCUGUAACUAUGGUUGCUGUUAAACUUGUAUAUAUUAAGGAGAACAUUGUACGUUUUUUGAUUGCUUGAAAAAGGGUGUGUGAACAUC